AUGUCACAAAAACCUGCGAAACCUUCUGAAGAUUGUGGAAAUGAUCCUGAUGUUAAUUUUAUACGUGAUGUUAAAGUUUCAUCACAAAAACAUGAUUCAGCUUUAUAUUUAAUUCGUUUAACAAUUAAAAAUUCUAAAACAAAAUCAAUUAAAUAUGAAUAUAAAGAAAUAAUAUCUUCAGCUAAAUUUACAAUAACUCCUCAAAAUGAUAUUCAACAAUUAAAUAAUAAUAUUCAAUUAAUUAGUGAAGGUUUUCAAAUACUUAAUCAAGAAUUAAAAGCAAAUAGUGAACAAACUUUUCAAUAUGAAGUUUUACUUGAAUAUAGAAACACUCAAGAACAAUGUUCAACAGUUUAUCAAAAUGAUGCUGAUUAA